AUGACCGGAAUUCAUCAAGAAAUCUCACUAAGUCUGGAUCAACACUCUUGGCUCGAGAAGCUCCAUCUUCACUUUAAUUUGCCAGAGCCAGCCAUUAUCUGCACGCUAUGUGGCUACGCGCUUGCGGCUGGCGAUGACCGCGUCGGGAGGCACCUCGGCGAGAAACAUCAAAUCUCCAAAGCAGCCCGCCAGAAACUGAACACCUUGGUGAACUCACUCAAGCUCCCUAGCCCCGAUAGACUUCCUAGGCGACAAGACGGCUCUGUGCCACAUCCCCAUCUACGAAUCCAAAAUGGCAAGGCUUGCAGGCACUGCGGCUUUCGUUCUAUAAACUCAGAGGUCUUAUCGAAGCAUAUCAGGGCACUGCACAAACCGGAACUUGCUGCCACGAGGAGCGUAGGGAAACAUUGGCUACGAGAUCAUAUCCAUGACAAUCUUUCUCUGCAGAGCUGGACAUUCAAUGAUGUCAAGAGAGCUUGGAUCGUCAUAGAACCCGUUCGUGUGGGAGCUGCUGAGAGCCGAUCUGGUGAUAGACCACUACAGCCAGCGCCAAAUUCCAUACAGCAUUUUGCUAAUCAACUACUGGAAGAAGAACAGAAACGCCUAGGUCUACACUCUGCUGUCGUCGAAAUACCUGCGGGAGAGAUCAAUGCAUCGUCACAGGCAAUGGUGACAAAUUGGAUGCGCCGGACAGGUUGGGAGAGAAUUUUUGAAUGCGCCGACUGCCCGAUACUCAUAUCUCUCUCGGCCUUGCCCAAGACGAUACCGCUAGAGACUGUGAACUAUCUGGGGAUGCAUAAAAGACAGAGGCUAAGCAUCUCGGCUACAGAUGAGUCCAGAAUCUCAUAUAUCGUUGCUGCCCUGGACCGGCUACUCGACCAAUGCGGUGAGACAGUGAGAUUCACCGAUGUGAGCGUUAGACGAUGGCUACGCGGCCGCCUUCCGGACCGUCCUUACAAGGCACCAUUCGAGCUCGUGUCUCAAGCUAAAUCUGAACGGGUAUACCGGAACGAGUUCAAACGUUGUAUCAGCUUUUGGCUUCGUGUCUGGAGACUGCCACCCACCGUAUCUCGGUCUGUUCUAGGACGCUCCUUAUUAAAGCAUCAAAAAACAAUGCUAGAAGAACUCUGGCUUGACUCAUGCUGGGAUGAACCGAAUGACGAUGUCGAUGACAUAUAUAAUAUAGCCGCGGAUAUAGUGGAGGAAGAUAUAGACUUAGAGCUAGAAUAUGAUGUCAUGUCCGAGUUCUCUGAGUAUGCAAGCACUAGCGAGGCUUCUGAAACAGAAAGUUCGGGUGAUGACGAAUCUGACCUUGAAAGUCAGCGGGGUGGAGCUUCUAGUCCUCAAGUCUUCGGCGAGGACAGGAACUGCACGGCUUCUCAUAUAUCCAGUUCCCGAGAGACAUAUGAUAGUUACGAUCGAUCUGUGGAUGCAGUAUUGCGAUUCUUCUACCAGGCGGUCAUAGAGGACUUUGAGGAUGGUCUGUCAAGCUCGACCUUGCUUGUUUACUUCAGUGCUGUCCGGGGACUUUCUAGUGAAGAGGGGCACGGAUACUUGCGACCUGCCCGAUAUACCCCUAUACUGUCCCGACUGAUCUACUGCACACGGCUGAUAUUCCUGGAGGCCAUCCUACCUAGGCGGGCUCAUCCUCAUGCCGGCUUUGCCGCAAGACCUCGGUACGGCCAGCUUGCAGCCCUAAAUGCCAUUCGUGUCGACCAUAUGUGUGAUGGCACUCUAUCGCCGCUUGGUGAGUUCUUCAGCCUCUUGGCAUAUGGGAUGAGCCUUCAACGGAGUGAGGGUCCUGCAUAUCACUUUGACUGGAGUGAGGAUGGACAAACGAUCUCGUGGGAUGGAAACAUAGAACUAUCUAUGGGACAGUUCCGCAGCCUAGCCCAUGAGGCAUUCCGCCAAGUCACAAUCCAAUGCCAACGUUUGAUGUAUGGCUUCGAGCCAGAGGAUCCGGAAAUGGGAGGGUUACGUGACCGGUUAUCAAAGACAAGCCCUGGCUAUUCCUUUCUCACGGAUCCUCAAAACAGGUUAGAGGAGCUUUACCUGACUGUAUUCAUGAGAGCAUGCACGGCUCCUGUGGACGGUCUCCUCAAGACCAAACAGCAUGGCUCAGGCAGCGAUUGGGAUGUUGAUGCGGCACAGGCAUACCUUUAUAGCCAUGAUGCCUGUCUUAAGACUAUGAUGGUUCUCGCGCAGCUUGAUAGCGGCCAGGGUGCUCGGGUCUCAGAGCUUCUUACACUUGAACAGGCAAAUACGAGAUCGAGGCUUAGGGGAAUAGGCAUCUUUGGCGGGAAGAUAUUCUCGAUCACCCGUCACCAUAAAUCUCGUUUGACUACGAACCGCGAGUUUCAGGUCGCAAGGUUCUUCUCUAUAGAAGUCGCCACGCUGUUAUAUAGGUAUCUUGUCUAUAUACGCCCGACAGCAUAUGCCAUCCUACUUCGAUGCUUCGGACAUGAGUCGCAGGGCACUCUUAUCUUUGCGCCUAUCUCUAAGAAUGCAAGAUGGACUACACGGGUCUUCACUGAGGAGCUGAAGCGACUGAGCCGAGGUGUCCUAGGGACAGACGUGGAGAUUGGUGUACAGCUAUAUCGGCAGCUAUCGAUAGCCAUCACUGAGCGGCAUCCGAUCCCGUGGAGAGACGGGGUGCAAGCCCAGCAGGUAUGCCAUUGGGGUCACGGCAAACGAUGGUUCGAGGUUGGCCGGAUCAUUCACGGCGACGAUCAGCAGCAAAAGACAGGUCAAGGUCAAGAGGACAACGAGACGGUUCGCGAGCACGAGACCGCCAUGCAGUUUUUCAAGGGCAUCCACGACGAUGACGAGAAAGCAUUCGAGACCGAGGCCGACGGCAACAUCCAGAACGUCAAUGAAAAGUGGGAUGCCGCGGCGUGGUUGAACCGAUGCGGUUGGCCCCGUCAUUUGGAGGGCAUCGACCCCAACCGUUUACGGGCGUUGUUGCGGCCGAUCGGGGACGAUGAACAUGUUUUGCAGAGAAUGUGGGAGAUAUUUGAGCAGGUGUUGGAGGACGCAUAUGAUGCAACGAUGCGGGAAUGUUAUCCCGGCACGGCCGAGUUAUUCGAGAUCGCGCGGAAGGAAAUACACAUCACGACAACGAAGCCGUUCCAAGGGUUAAUGGAGCCCGAUGCGUGGGAGCGAUACAAAUCCCGGUGGCGGCAGUUAUUAUGCAUUUGGAAGCGAUACGAUGCGUGGGUCGUGACAGAUACGAGUGGCGGCAGUGAUGUAUCAACGGAUGGAGACGACAGCAGCACAAGCAGCGGCAGCAGCAGCAAUAGCACCAGCAGUAGCCGCAGCAGUAGCCCAUCCGUUAUCGGUGACAGCAUGGGGCCGCGUCCACCAUACAAGAUGACGAGGCAGCAAGAGGAGGCAUGGAAUGAAUUCAAUCACGGGGUCACACAAGUUGUCACAGGGGGCGAUAUAAAAGGCAGAUACACACCCGAGCGAUUACAGCGGAGUUGUUUGGAUGCCGUGGUACAAUUUUUAGACCAUCCAUUCAAGAACGGCAACCAUUAUGACAGCAUCGUCAUCAGCGCAUUGGCCGUCAUGGGGUUAGGCGAGGGCGGCGGAUGGAUGCCCGUUGUCAGUUAUACAACGAUAUAUUCAGCCGUCAUCAAGGUGGCACGGUAUUUGGUUUUAUACCAGUCGAUAUUAGAGCGUCAGGGGCAGGUGCGACAGUUAAGCCAGUGGGGCAGCAAGCAGCAGGCGGAGGAGGAUGCCGAAGGGUUAUUCCAGAUCGUGCGGCGUAAAGUCAGGCGUUUCAUGGUCCGGAUGCCCGAGGGAGAGGAUGCCCAGCCGUCGCCGAUGAAUUGGAUCAUCAACACGAGAACAUACGGCAUGCAAAUCCGGUAUUCGACGCCCGGGUCGGAGACGAUCGAUUGGCGCGGAGAUCAAAUCAUCCACGGGCGGGUUCGGAUCAGGAUGAGCGAGAUAUCCGAUAUGUUGCAUGGUUUGGUGGGAGAGGCACGUCAGACAUUAUUGCGGUUGACCAGCGGCCGCGUGGGAGCCGACGACGGUGAUGACAGCAAUAACGGCAAUGACGGUAGAGAUGCAGAAGAGGAAGAGGAAGAGGAAGAGGAGGAAGAGGGUGAGAAGGAGAGCAUGCAGCAGUGGCCACCGAGUUCAGACGUUUUGCCGUUCAUACCGUGGUCCAAGAUCCAAGACCGGCAUGGCGAGAGCACGUUAGAGCAUUCGUUUUUACGUGACGAGGAGAAUCAAUGUUGGGUUAAGAAGGGGGAAGGGUGGGUACGAGAUCAGAUCGAAACAUCCGUAUCGAGGGGCAAGAUAUGGUUGGCCCGGCCGUUGAACGAGCAGUGUCCGUAUCAGGAGCAAGCGAUCCGAGGGUACAGCCGAUUAAUCGAGCAGUUCCGAUCCCAAUUAUUCAUGUUGAUGCAUAUGCUGGGGGGCCAGCCGGCACGGUUGACCGAGAUUUUAGGAUUACGGAUGUGGAACACAAUGAACGGCGGCGUGCGCAACAUAUUCAUCCACGAAGGUAUGGUUUGUUUUGUCACCAUGUACCACAAGGGGUUCCGGCAAACGGACAAGGUCAAGGUGAUCCAUCGAUAUUUGCAGCGGGAGGUAGGUGAGUUGUUGGUGUGGUAUAUGUGGUUGGUUUUGCCGUUUUGGCAGAAGGUGCAGCGGCGGAUGAAGAUGAAGAACAGACGAAGCGCGUUUUUGUGGGCAGACGAGGUGGUAAGUAAGGAAGGGCAAAAGGAGAGCAAGGUAUGGCAUGUCAAGGUAAGAAAAGGAGGAUUAGAGCAAGUUGAACGGCAAAAGGCGAAGGAAGAAGAAGCGGCAUUUAUGGAUUGGUUUCGCGAGCCCAAGUGGACGAGCGACAGGGUCAGGAGGGUAUUGCAGCGAUACAGCACGCAGUUUUCCGGUCAGGAGAUCAACAUCAGCGCGUGGAGACAGAUGGCGACAGGGAUCAGCAACCGGUAUUUAAACAAGAUGUUCAAAGGGGGCCACGAGGAUAGUGGCGGUGGUGGUGAAUUGGGCGAGGACGACGAGGGCGACAGGUGGGGCGGCGAUUUGGUCAACAGCAUACAAGAUUUGCAAGCCGGUCACGGUUCACACAUUGCCGGGUUGAUUUACGCCCGGUUGUUCGGUCAGGGCGAGUUCGGCACGAUGCGCAGCCGUGACGAGUUCCGCAAGGCCAGCAUGCAGUGGCACCGAUUUUUCGGGUUCGGGGCGGAGGAUCGAGUGGAGCAGUUGGGCGGGAAGCGAAUCCGAUUUGAAAGGGCAGUUGGGGCAGAUGAUGGGUCCGUCGGCGACGUUCAGAGGGUUACAGGAGUCGGUGAUCCGGGCCGUGGCGCGAGGGGAGUGGCCGAUCGUACAGGUGACACCGACGGGUGGAGGGAAGAGUUUGACGUUCAUGUUGCCGGCAUAUUGCACGCCGGACGGGGUGACGGUGGUGAUCACGCCGUUGGUAGCGUUAGAAGAUGA